GGCACUGCACCGUCGCGCAGAUCUCUGACAACGGCGUCCUGACUUUUACAACUCUAACCUUUUUUUCAUUCCCUCCGUAUUCUUUACAGUCGUUAAUUGUUAGUUUUCUCAUUUUUUUCCCCCCUUUCUUUGUGCUAUUUUCAGGGGGUAGGAAUAACAUGCAAUAAAUGCGGCAACAAUGGGGUACGGUAAAUUAAAGUUUGGCACUUUUUUAACAGUGGUAGUAGUCCUCUUGGCUAUCUACUACAGGAGUUCAUAUGACGUGCUACAACAGAAAUUACACUCUGUUUUGAAGGCUCUUGAAAAUUUGGAAGAUAAAUAUAAAGUUCUUCCAAGGCCAAAAGUUGCUGUUGGCUAUGGGAUAUGCACUGACGUUUACGUCGAGGCUGGAAGCCUUUUGGAAUACACGGACGAAAUGGGGCAGCCUCAGCAUUUUGACGAGAUCACCACCAAGGAAGAGCUUCUCAAGAGCUUUGCUUAUUAUUUUCGACAUGGAGCAGCAGCCGAACGAUUCAUGUCGAACUCCUCUCUAUUUGAUAUGCUGGUAGCAGAGGCUCGCUCUUUUCCAAAAUACUAUUCUACUAUAGGAGGUAAUGCGGCUACCAUGGCUAUGAGGCUGGUAAAAGAAGGCUGUGAUGUUGCGUUAGCGGCAAAAAUGACAGAUUCUUUGAGACAAAUGAUACCUGAAGCUAUUGAGGUAGUUGGAGACGAAGUCGACAGAGAUGAUAUACAUUUGGUUCUUGAGUAUAAGAGGGGAGAGACUUGGGGACCUUACAAAAGUCCCAGAGCAAACAGGUAUAUUAUACAUAACGACAAGCAUAAUCCAGAAGCAAGUGGACUGGAAGAUCUCCAAAAAAUCCUGCCAACAUUCAAACCUGAUCUCUUAAUUGUAAGUGGUAUACAAAUGAUGGACAGUUAUCCAUUUGAAGAAGGCAAGCGCUUAAUUCGUUUGAAAAAAAUUCACGAACAAAUGCGCAGUCAGCCUCAAUCGACGAGAAUCCAUUUUGAAAUGGCCUCUUUUGUCGAAGCUGAUCUUGUCAAAGAUCUAAACGAACUUAUCGUUCCGUAUGCUGACAGUUUAGGCAUGAACGAGCAGGAGAUUACGAACCUGCACAAUUCACUUUAUUACGGAAAUAUUUCACUUGUUGCAAAUUCUACUCCAAGAGUAGCUAUUGUUCUCGAUCAGAUACGUGAACUUUUCAAGCUCAUAAGAACAAGAGGAGAGAGUAUUAAAGGUGCCAGGACACUUACCAGGAUUCACGUGCACACCCUGGCUUAUCAGGCUAUUUUGACUGUUAAAGGAUCAUCUUGGAAGAAUACCAUGGCUGCCGCAGCUAAAGCUUCCCUCACUGCCCAUAGACAUGUUUGUAGUACUAAUCGGAUCGAUCUUCAGAAGGCAACUCUGAUAAUGGACGACAGUUUCACCACGUCGAUAAUUUCCGGUACUCGUAUACCUCUGAACGUGGAAGAACCGGUGGCCUGCUGGAACGAGACUUUCCACGUGUUGGGAAAACGCAUCGAGGUUGACGUGUGCGUUGCGCCUGUACUCGUUUGCACCGAAGCCAGUCAAACAGCCGGUGGCGGCGAUAACAUUUCCAGUGCUGGUCUUGUGCUUCAGAUUUGAAGCGACUUUGGACGAUUUUCAUUGAUUCCCUUGUAAUGUAUAGCGUGAUGAUAUCGAUUGCG